CGCCUGACUGGAUUCCGCGGGGAGGGGGCGGUGGCGGGCGCUGGGCGGGGCGCGGGCCCGCGGGCAGCCUGGGUGCCUGGGUCGGCCUCUCUCCCGGAGGCCCCGGGCCUGCGCGCGGGGGCUGUGGCGCGGCGGUGGGGACCCGGGCCCGCGGCUACUGGGCGCAGGCUGGGCAGCGUUUCCGGAAGGGGGUGGAUCACGGGCGCCGGGGGAGGCCUGGAAAUCCUCACGCGUCCGCGGGAGACAGCGCCUCUGCUCUGCAGGUGCGUGGCCGGGAGACCCGACCCGCUGCGCCCAGGCGCACGCCAGCCCCUCUGCGCCGAGCGCCUCGGACCAUGUCGGUGGCCGACCAGGCCUUUGUCACAUUAGCCACCAAUGAUAUCUACUGCCAAGGGGCCCUGGUGUUGGGCCAGUCUCUAAGGAGCCACAGGCUGACCAGGAAGCUGGUAGUGCUCAUCACACCUCAGGUGUCCACCGUCCUCAGGGUCAUCCUCUCGAAGGUGUUUGAUGAAGUGAUUGAAGUGAAUCUGCUGGAUAGUGAGGACUACGUCCACCUGGCCUUUCUGAAGCGACCUGAGCUUGGAGUCACCCUCACCAAGCUGCACUGUUGGACCCUCACCCAUUACAGCAAGUGUGUCUUUCUGGACGCAGACACGCUGGUGCUGUCCAAUGUCGAUGAACUGUUUGACCGGGGUGAGUUUUCUGCAGCCUCGGAUCCCCGCUGGCCGGAUUGCUUCAACAGUGGUGUGUUUGUGUUCAGACCCUCUCGGGGGACGCAUAGGCGUCUGCUGCAACAUGCCGCUGACCACGGCAGCUUCGAUGGGGCAGAUCAAGGUUUAUUGAAUAGUUUCUUCAGUAACUGGUCGACGGCAGACAUCCACAAGCACUUACCGUUCAUCUAUAACUUGAGCAGUAACACCGUGUACACUUACGGCCCUGCCUUCAAACAGUUUGGGUCUAGUGCAAAGGUCGUCCACUUUCUAGGGGCCACCAAACCUUGGAACUACAAGUAUAAUCCGCAGACCGGCUCGGUUCUGGAGCAGGGCCCAGCAUCAGGCUGCCCGCACCAGGCCUCUUUCCUUAAUCUCUGGUGGACAAUCUAUCAGGACAGAGUUCUGCCCCUUUAUGAGGGUGUAAGAGUCACAGAAACACACUUGUCUCCGGAACACACGGUUUGCCAAAGUGGUGUUGAAGUGCAAUGUGCAAAUUCAUCACUCAGUGCUGGAGGGUCGUGUGCAAAUUCAUCAGCCAGUGCCGAGGGGCCGUGUGCAAAUACAGCAAAUACAGUGCUGGGGUCUGACCAGCAAGGUCCUGGUCAGGGCUCUCUGGAGUUGACCCCCAACGUGGAUGAGAGCCUGCCCUUCCCUGAAGGAUGCCAUUUGGAGGAUACGAUAGUUUGCCCAGAGAUUGAGACUUCUCCCGGAAUAGCAUGUGAGCCCCUGUCGCCGCCCUCCCCUCCAUUUGCAGACUUCACAGAGACUCAAACCGCUUUGCAGCCAGUGGAAACUGGCCCAUCUGAGGAAACCUUGGAACCAAGCCCAGAGCCGCCUGCUGAACUCAUCAGAGACCCGGGGCCUCAGGAAGCUCUGCAGGUUGACCUGGCCAUCUCUGUUUCCGAGAUUUCCAUCCAAGAGAAGGUGAGAGAGCUGAGUCCCGAGGAAGAGAGGAGGAAGUGGGAAGAAGGGCACAUUGACUACCUGGGGAAGGAUGCGUUUGCCCGCAUUCAGGAGAAGCUGGACCGGUUCCUGCAGUGACCCGGGCGGCUGCCCUUACUGUGCGUGGUGUGUGGCCAUGCCGUGUUCUGUUGUGCUGUGGUCCUGUCCGGUGGGAGUGCCCUCUGAGCCUUUCAAAGCGAAAUGCUGUUAAACCAUGUGCCUAUAUUUAUGGGUAACCAACCUGAGUGCCUCACAGAAAUAACACAGACAACAGAACUCCUACCUUGAAGCUCCUGCCAGGUGGAAGCCACCAGUUCCUCCUGGGCUCUCAGGAGAGGUCAGCUCGUGCUUUAAGCUUGUCAGCAAAAGUGAGCAGGAAUAAAGUAUCAGUAGACCCUUGCUAUCAGGCAUAUCCUGUGCAGAGUUCCACCUCUGCAAAUUUCCUUCUGUCACCGAGCUAAUGAACACCAGGCUACGUUAUUUCAAGACUGGAACGCUUGUUUUCCUUAGGGCUAAGUAAAUAUUUAGAGUUUGACUCUCAUGUAGACUUUGCAAAAAGCAUAUCUCAGAAAUCCCACACUUGUUGUAUUCAGCUUUAAAUCCUAACAGGAGGUCUCAGUGCUGUUGUAACAAAUCCUAUUUGGAGCAUGCUGGGGACAUUUGUAAGAAAGAUUUUAGAUGGCUUAGGGGAAUGUAAUGUCUUCUAAACUGAUUUACUUCCUCUUUUGGAAGAGUCACGGGUUCAUGCCAAACGAUUUAUAACAACAGUGUGCUGGCACAGAGUCAGUUUGCGGCUAAUUACACUCGGCUGUCCUGGGUUCGCUGUCUCAGUUGCUACCUCAAUUUAAUUCCUCACUGUUCCUCCAAAGCAUUUCAGCUCAGAUCUUUGAGGAGAAAUCUCAGUUUUAUGAGACAGGACUCUAUUCCACGAGAAAAACCUCAUCUUCAGAAAUAUCCUCGUUGGAUGGAUUAAAAAAAUAUACUGUAUAUCUCAGUAGGUGGCUGUCAUGGCCUCCGUGAUUCUCCUUAAAAAUGAACAUCCUUGUUAUAAAGAUGGGGGGAAAACAGAGUGGUUUGGGGAACAUUUGAGUGGUCCAUUUACCUUGCACAGACUGGAGAAAAAGCGAAGAAUAAAUGAGAGAUGGGAUCAGAGGAUGCUGGGAGGACUCGGUCCUGGGUAGUUGUGUUUGGAUUUCCUGGGUAUGUGUGACUUUCCUGUCCUCAGUGCAGCUCUUUGGGUGGAGGCAUCUGGGUGCAUUUAGGGUGCUAUUUGUGACAUUUUGCUGGAGCAGGGUGUGGGCUGUGCAGGGGUCAUUGCUCUGGACAUCUGGCUGGUUAAAAGCUAUACGCUCUUGGCUGGCAGUGUGCACAUCAAGUUCAGGGCAAGUUCAGAGGUUCAUUUAAAAUAGCUGUGCAUGCCUGGCUCACCACCCGUAGCACAGUGGUUACGACGCCAGCCACAUGCACUGAGGCUGAUGAGUUUGAACCCAGCCCAGGCCUGGUAAAUAAACUCUGUACUGUGCAGAGUUCCACGUCUCUGCAAAUUUCUUUCUGUCACUGAGCUAAUAACACCAGGCUACAUUAUUUCGUGACUGAAACGCUUGUUUUCCUUAGGGCUAAGUAAAUGUUUAGAGUUUGACUCUCAUUUAGACUUUGCAAAAGGCAUACCUCAGAAAUGCCACACUUGCUGUAUCUCUGCUUUAAAUCCUAACAAGAGGUCCCAGUGCUCCUGGGUGACAACUGCAACAACAACAACAACAACAAAAAACAGCCAGGCGUUGUGGUGGGCAUCUGUGGGAGGCUACUUGGGAGGCUGAGGCAAGAGAAUCACUUAAGCCCAAGAGUUUGCGGUUGCUGUGAGCUGUGUCACCACAGCACUAUACUAAGGGCAACAUAGUGAGACUCUUUCUCAAUAAAUUAAUACAAAUAAAAAAUAAAUAAAAUAGCCAUGCAUGACCGGGCAUGGGUGCUCACAUCUGUAAUCCCAGCACUCUGGGAGGCCAAGGCAGGUGGAUCACCUGAGCUCAGGAAUUGGAGACCAUCCCUCUGAGCAAGAGCAAGACCCCGUCUCUACGAAAAAUAGAAAACACUAGCCCGGUGUGGUGGCAGGUGCCUGUAGUCCCAACUACUUAGGCGGCUGAGGCAGAAGGAUUGCUGGAGUUCAAGAGUUUGAGGUUGCUGUGAGCACUCUACCCAGGGUGAUGGAGUGAGACUGUCAGAAAAAAAAAAUAAAAAAAAGGAAAAAUAAAAUAGCUAUGCAGAUAGACUCUCAGG